GGGGGCGUGCAGGUGAGCGGACGGGCCGGGUUUCGCCGGCAUGGCCGAGGCCAGGAAGCGCCGGGAGUUGCUUCCCCUGAUCUACCAGCAUCUGUUGCAGGCGGGCUAUGUGCGCGCUGCGCGGGAAGUGAAGGAGCAGAGCGGCCAGAAAAGUUUCCUGACUCAGCCUGUAACCCUUAUGGACAUCUAUACUCACUGGCAACAAACCUCAGAGGUUGGUCAGAAGCGGAAGGCAGAGGAGGAUGCGGCGCUGCAGGCUAAGAAGACCCGAGUGUCAGACCCCGUCAGCAGCUCUGAGAGCUCAGAAGAGGAGGAAGAGGAGGAGGCGGAAGCUGAAGCCGCCAAAGCCGCCCCAAGACUAGUGUCUACCAACUCCUCAGUGGCAGGGCCAGUUUUGCCAUCAAGCGCAAAAGAAAAAGCCAAGGCAAAGACCAAGAAAGCCAGCCAGAUGGUGAACUCCACACCACAUCCGGCCUCUGGAAAGGCAGUGGCCCACCUUCUGUCUGGGAGGUCCCCCAGGAAGUCAGCAGGGCCCUCGGCAAAUACCAUCCUGGUCUCAGAAACUGAGGAGGAGGGCAGCGUCCCGGCCCUCGGAACCACGGCCAAGCCUGGAAUGGCAUCAGCCAACCAGGCCGACAGCUCCAGCGAGGAGACCUCCAGCUCGAGCGAUGAGACCUAUGUGGAGAUGAAACCUUCAGUAAAACCACCCCAGGUCAAAGCCUCACCAGCCCCUGCCAAGGACCCUCUUGGGAGAGGGGCAGCCCCAACCCCUGGGAAGGCAGGGGAUGUGACACCCCAAGUCAGAGGAGGUGCUCUGACCCCAGCCAGCAAGGCCAAGGAGCCGGAAGAGGACUCAGAGAGCAGUGAAGAGGAGUCUGAGAGCGAGGAGGGGGCCCCUGCGGAGCCACCCCACCAGGUGAAGGCCUCAGAGAAAAUUGUCCAGGUCAGAGCUGCCUCGGGUCCUGUCAAGGGGACCCCUGGGAAAGGGGCCACCCCGGCACCCCCUGGGAAGGCAGGGUCUGCAGCUGCCCAGGCCAAGGCCAGGAAGCCAAAGGAGGACUCGGAGAGCACCAGUGAGGAGGAGUCCGACAGUGAGGAGGAGGCGCCGGCUGCCAAGACGCCACUUCAGGUGAAGCCUUCAGGGAAGACCCCCCAGGUCAAAGCUGCCUCAGCUUCUGCCAAGGAGUCCCCUAGGAAAGGGGCCCCUGCAGUGCCACCUGGCAAGGCAGGGUCUGCAGCCGCCCAGGUGGGGACGGGGAAGGGGGAAGAAGGCCCAGAGAGUAGCACUGAAGAGUCCGACAGCGAGGGGGAGGCCCCAGCAGCUGUGCCCCCAGCCAAGAGCCCUGCUCAGGCAAAGCCCAUGGGGCAAAACUCCCAGCUCAGAGCUGCCUCGGGCCCUGUCAAGGGGCCCCCUCAGAAGGUGGGGCCAGCAGCCCCCCGAGUAGGGAAGCAGGAGGAGGGCUCUGAGAGCAGCAGCGAGGAGGAAUCAGACAGCGACGGGGAGGCGCCCGCCCAGGUGAGGCCCCUGUCUGCAAAGUCCUCCGGGAAAAUCCUCCAGGUCAGAGCUGCCUCAGGUCCUGCCAAGGGGUCCCCUCAGAAGGCAUGGCCUGUGGCCACCCAGGGCAAGGCCGAGGGGUCCAAGGAUGACUCAGAGAGCAGUGAGGAGGAGUCAGACAGUGAAGAGGAGGCGCCUGCAGCCGUGGCUCCAGCCCAGGCAAAACCAGCUGUGAGAACACCCCAGACCAAGGCCUCCCCAAGGAAGGGCACCCCCAUCACCCCAGCACCUGCCAAGGUCCCCCCGGUUCGAGUGGGCACGCCAGCCCCUUGGAAGGCGGGAGCAGCAACUUCUCCAGCCUGCGCCUCAUCCCUAGCUAUGGCCAUGGGUGCCCAGAGGCCAGAGCACUCUUCAAGCAGCGAGGAGUCCGAGAGUGAGGAGGACCCCGCUCCUGCCCCAGCCGUGGGACAGGCAAAGCCUGUGGGGAAAGGUGUCGCCCUGAAAGCUGCCUCCACACCCACCAAGGGGACCUCAGGCCAAGGGACUGCCCCAGCACCCCCUGGGAAGGCAGGGCCUGCAGCGGCACCGGUCACAGCUGAGGCGCAGGAAGACUCCUUGGAGAGCAGCGAGGAGGACUCCGACAGUGAGGAGGCGGCUGAAGCUCUAGCCCAGGUGAAGGCCUCAGUGAAAACUCCUCAGAGCAAAGCCAGCCCAGCUCCCACCAGAGCAGCUUCAGCCAAAGGGGCAGCAUCAGCUCCGGGAAAAGUGGUCACUGCAGCUGCUCCAGCCAAGCAGGAGUCCCUGGCCAAGGUAAAGCCACCAGCGAGAGCCCCCCGGAACAAUGCUGUCUCGGUGAAGGGCCGGGGGUCCGUGCCAGCCGUGGGGAAGGCAGUGGCCACUGCAGCGCAGGCCCAGCCGGGGCCAGUCAAGAGCCCACAGGAGGACUCCGAGAGCAGCGAGGAGGAGUCGGACAGUGACAGGGAGGCCCCCACUCAGCCCUCAGGGAAGACCCCCCAGGUCAGAACUGCCUCAGCCCCCGGCAAGGGGUUCUCCAGGAAAGGGGCUGCAGCAGCCCCUCCCGAGAAGACAGAAGCCACAGCCACCCGGGCUGGGAAUCCAGAGGAGGACUCAGAGAGCAGCAGUGAGGAGGAGUCGGCCAGCGAGGAGGAGGCGCCGGCCCAGGCCUCCAUAGCACAAGUGAUUAAACCCCCUCUGAUUUUUGUCGACCCUAAUCGUAGUCCAGCUGGCCCGGCUGCUACCACCACACAAGCCCCGGCGGCAAACAGCCCGAAGAAGGCCCGGGCCUCGGCGAGCACAGCCAGGAGCUCCUCCUCCGAGAGUGAGGAUGAGGAUGUGAUCCCCGCCACGCAGUGCUCCACUCCUGCCAGUAGAACCAAAGCAGCUGUGCUCACGGCCCACCCAAGGCCAACUGCCAGAGCCAGCACUGUUGGAGCCGGCAGCAGGGAGGCGUCCGGUCGGGUGUCAGAAGGCAAGAAACAGGAGGCGCCCGGUGCUCAGGUGACAAAGUGGAGCCCUGCUCGCCUCCCUCUGACCCAGGCUGCCCUGAAGGUCCUUGCCCAGAAAGCCAGUGAGGCCCAGCCUCCUGCUGCUGGGACCCCGUCUUCCAGUGGGGUUGACGGUGCUCUGGGAACACUCCCUGUGCAGGCCAAGGGGACCAACAAGCUCAGAAAGCCUGAGGUUCCUGUGGUCCAGCGGGCCACAGCCACUCCUGCCGGACGCGCCAAAGCCAAGGCCUCUGACACCUCCAAUGACAGUGAUGACAGCAGUGGCAGCUCUUCAGGGAGCGAGGAAGAUGCUGCCGGGCCCCAGAUGGCUCCCUCGGCCCCCAGGCUAGGUCCAGCCCCCUCCACGACGGAGACCUUGGUGGAGGAGACCACAGCGGAGUCCAGUGAGGACGAGGUGGUGGCGCCCUCUCAGUCUCUCCUCUCAGGUUAUGUGACCCCUGAGCCGACUCUGGCCAAUUCCCAGGCUUCAAAGGCCACUGCUAGGCCAGACCUCAACCCCUCGGCUGCCUCUACUUCCGCCACCAAAGAUGCCCCAGACGGCAAGCAGGAAGUGGAGCGCCAACAUGUAGCAGGCACCGUAUCCCCUAAAACAAGCAGAAGAGAGGCUAAUCCCAUGCCUCAGAAGCCCCGGAAGCCCAAGAAGGAGGCCGAAAGUCCCCAGGCCUCCAUGCUGGCACUGCAGAGCGACAUCAGCCGGCGCCUCCUGAGUGAGCCCUGGCCCCUGAACGAGGCCCGGGUCCAGGCCUCGGUGGUGAAGGUCCUGACGGAGCUGCUGGAGCAGGAGAGGAAGAAGGCCGCGGAUGCCGCCAAGGAGAGCAGCAGGAAGGGCCGGGUGGGCCGCAAGCGGAAGCUGUCGGGGGACCAGACGGCCGCCAGAGCCCCCAAGAGCAAGAAGAAGAAGCAGCUGGUGGCCGGGGGAGGUGGGGAGGGUGCUGGCUCGCCAGAUAAGGCCCUCAGGACUCCCAAGGGGAAAGCCAAGAGAGACGGAGCGAGUGGUGACAUCAAGGAGAAGAAGGAGAAGGGGUCUCCUGGCUCCCAGGGGGCCAAGGAAAAGCCGGAAGGGGAGCCAGGGACACUGAAGGUUGAGGGUGGAGACCAAGGCAACCCAAAGAGCAAGAAGGAGAAGAAGAAAUCCGACAAGAAAAAAAAAGACAAGGAGAAGAAGGAAAAGAAGAAGAAAGUAAAAAAGGCCUCAACCAAAGACCCUGACUCACCAUUCCAGAAGAAAAAGAAGAAAAAGAAGAAGACAGCAGAGCAGACUGUCUGAGGGGCACACGGCGACAGGGAUUUCCUAGCCAAGUGGUGACCAGCCCCAUGCCUCUGCCCUCUGGCCACCAUGGGUUGGAAUUGAAUCUUUAACUUCCCUCCCUCCCCAGAAGAAGCCAGCCAGCCGCAGAGCCCGUGCUGGCCGAGCUAGUGAGCCCUGCCGAGAGGCUGGUCCGAGGAGGAGGAGAAGUGACUUGCGCUCACCAGCUCCGCGUCUGACUUCUGUCCUGACACAGAAUGCUUCAGAUAGUUGUGUACAGUAUAUAUAUAUUUUUUUAAGUGACCUGCCCCUCCCCCUUCAAACCCAACAGGCCCAGAGGCCUCGGGACCUUCCAUCUCUUGUUCCUGCAGACCUAGCAAGGCCCAGCCUGCAGCUCCUUCCACGUCUCUGGUCUCUGGCUGAUGCUGAGGCUUUGUCCUCUGUCAGUUUUUCCCUGUUUUGUUUGUGGUUUUUUGUAUCAACUCAAAAUAAAAGGCUUGAAGGAAAGGUGCGAGUUCCCAGCGCAUCCG